AUGCGCCCCACGUUUUCGCGAUCGACACAAACACCUCCGUAUUAUCCUGAGCGGCGUUCAACACACGGACCAGGGUAUCAUCGGGAAUAUCUUAAUCUAGCAGAGCUAGAGGAGCUGGAACAGCGAAGGAACGUCACUCGAUUUCCCUUCGUCUCGGACACGUACAACGAAAGCGAGUAUGAUUCAGAGCAAAGCAUCGCGCAGGUUCUUGCCAAUCCGUCAGCAAAAGAUUUGUGGCUCGAAGCUGAGCACCAAUGGAAUGACCCACCUGUUGUCCGAGAUACACGUCCACAAAGGCGACCAGUCUCGCACCCUCCAUCACGAUACAGAAGACAAGCAGAAGCAGAGGAGAACCACGGCGACGAAAACUUCGCCACCAAUUUCCUCCAGGACAACCCACCCUCACACUGGGCACUAUACUUUAUCCAAGGCUUCGUCUGGCUUGCCCUAACAAUCUAUUUCUUCUGGCGCGUUUCGACGCUCCCCAAUACUGUUGCUUUCGAAUGCUACGAGCUAAAAGUUCAGCUUCUCCACUUGGGCGAGAACAUGACUCUUCCUCUUUCCAACAGCACAGCAGCCAACGCGACCUUCGCUAACGGCACCAACUCCUCUCUUACCAACAUCUCGCUCGCCACCCCCAGCGACCCGCACCUUGAGCGCACCAACGCAAGCUCGAUCCACAUUCCCAAGGAAUUCCACUCCACGCUCAAGUCUCACUGCAUUCUCCAACCGGUCAAUCCUGCGGUGGUACUAUCGUCAUACUUCGAGGACCUGUUUAUCAUGACGGUAGUGACCAACACCGCGGCCAUCAUGUCAUUCCGCUUCACCGCUGUCGACCAGCUCAAGACCGCCCCCGCAAAGACCGAGGCCGACUUCAAGCCGGCCAGCAAUUCGAAAUACGAUCCGUUUCCCGACCAGCUGCGCAAGCAGGUCGAUGUCAUAUUCUCUCGCGCCGCCACUGCAGGUGGCUUCGAUCUUCUCCAGCGCGCCCCCGACGACAUCCACCAGCACUUCUGCCUCAAGAAAGGCACCAUAUACUACUACCCGGAGCGCGACCGCGAGAUCACGAAGGUUGGCGCAGUCUACCACAAAGCUGCAGCAGCGAACGUGGCUCUCAUGGACGAAUUGCUGAAGGAAGAGCAAUUCGCGCUGGAGAACAAGGACACUUGGGUCGAAUUGGAGACCCCUUUCUCCCACCUGGAAAACCCGGGAGCGCUUGAGCUCCACAAGCUGCGCCGAGGUGAGUUCGGCUGGGGUUUCGAUGCCGAGAAGGGCUUGUCUGUGGUGACGGUCCGCGAGUGGGGUGCUGUCUCGGACAUCGGUGGCAUUACGAGCGUGAUCGGCGAGUGCUGCAUGCACGUAUACUUCGUGCAGUUUAUGCGCGGAUCGGAGACGAUUCCAGUCGUACGGGAUGUCGAGGAGGAAGCGCGUCUGCGAGAGCAGAAAGAGAAGCCGAAGCCGAAGCUCAAGCUCGGCAUCAACUUGCGCGCCCCAAUCUCCCGCCCUGCGAAGAGGAAUCCGUUGGAGGAGAUGGAGAAAGAGGCGGAGCGCGAGGGGAUGGACUGGGAUCGAGAGGCUGACGACGAUUGGGAGUGA